UAUUUAUGUUUAAAAUACAAUUUUAAAAUUGCAAAAUGGAUUUAAAAAGUACCAAUAUAAAAAAUUUACAUGACUACACUUCUCUUUCUCGGGAUAUGAUUACGAAAUAUUCCCAAUUGAAAAUAACGCUAAGUAUUUCAACGCUUGUUACUUUGAAUAAAUUCAAAUUUUUUGAAAUUGAGUAUUUUGUAAAGUACUCCGAAUGCGGCGCUGCAUUCCAAGCUCUUGAAAAAAUGUUGCUAAUUCGACCUUCGAAAACUUGGGACGAGCUUUCAAAGGAUCUCGUUUCGUUGUUAAAAUUUUGGUUUAAUAAACUUCGAUGUCAAAUGAUAAAACACGACAAUGUUUGGUGGAAUUUUCUACUAAAGCUUUUGUAUUUCGUUAAAGAAUUAAGAACCAAAAGUCCACUCAUAAACUGUAAACUUGUAGAAGCGCUGGGUGAAGAUUUUCUUCAGCUAACCACGAACAACAGUCUGGACUUGAAUCAGCGGCGGGCGACGCUUCAAUGCUUCAACGCGUGCUGCGCGGAGUUGCCCAAACUGUCCAGAUUGACUUUGAGACAAAAGUUCGAAGACUACUUAUUUUGGGGCGACUUCAGCACAAAGCUGGCGCACGGGAUGCCGUCGUGGGGUGACUUCAGGUUACAGUUCAGCACGAUGGAAACUCUUCUGAGGUGGCUCUUGAGACGGAACGAGCGCGCCGUCCGCGAAGGCGUCGCCACUUUGUGGUUCCCGCGCGAGCUCUAUUCGAGAGUGGCCGUGAAAAUCUUUUUGGAGAGGGAUUGGAAGAACUUCUUUAAGGAUGCGAGAGAUUUCUUGAACGCACAAAACGAGAAUAACUCUUCAAUCAUUUCUCUAAUUUGUAAAAAAUUCAAUAUUGGCAAAACUCAAGCGAUAACUGCUACGGAUAAAAGACACUGGAUUGAUUUUAACAUAGACAAUAACUGUAUUUCCCUGAUGCUGGAGUUGAAAUUACUGGAGGUCCUUCAAAUUGAGAACGCCGUCUUCGACGCUCUCGUGAUAGAGGAAGAUAACACGAGAUCAGUGAAAUUGGUAAGAAAUGGCGCUUUAAUUCAAAUAGAAAUAACCUUAACGGAGCCUUUGAACCAAUCUGAAAAAAUUAACAAUGAACGCGAAAUAAGUAUUUAUAUGAACGCGAUAAACGCCGAAAAAGUCAACGAGUCGCUGAAGAAAAUAUUUGGAAAUAAAUAUGAGGCUUCGUUCCUGGGAGAAGGUAUUCAUCAGUGUUCAUCCGACCCCGCAGAGGACUGUUCUAAAAGGAAAAGUGAUUUGCAGGAGGACAGUCGACAGUUCGCCAUAACCACGAGACGCGGAAAACGAAGCCGGGUCGCAGCCGCAACCCUCAACAGGGAAUCCUACGCAUCGAAGUCUCCGUCCACUACUUCCACGACCUCAUUGCUUUUACUCAAAGAAAGAUUAUCGGAGUAUCCGGGGUGUAUUGGAGCAAAUGACGAGGAAUACGCCGGUAUUUGCGCGAAGCCGCUCUUGCCUAGAGUCGCCGAGGAAUCCGAAGAAGACAUAUGUGUUUUGACACCUCGAAUCAAACCGCGCUGCGAUGCUGUCUUCUCCCACAAAAUUAACGUUCGAGAUUCUGUAGACAAAACCUCGGUUUCUAAACCCAGCACUAUUAGUUUAGUCUUAGCUACGACUAUAGAUUCUUACGAAGCCACCGCCCCCCACGAUACCUUGCAUGGCUUUCCAGAAGACCUCGAACUGAACACGCUCAAUUACAUGGUGUACCGUGCGCAAAACAAAAGUGAAAGUACACCAGACUUACAAAGUGAAGUCAUUGAGAAUACGCCUUUCGUUAGACCAGUCCUCGGCGCAUGUGAAGAUGUUGAAGAUUCUGAAAAAAAAUACGAACUUAUCGAAGCGGACGUAAUCAAAUGUGUUAACGAUUUAGUCGAACAAGUCUGCGCAGAUUAUGAAAUGAUUUCCCAUUUAAUGAAUCAAAAGGAAUUCACGAAUAAAUUACUCAUUGAAGCCGGUCUUCCAAUAUCCACCGAAAGUGAGCAUCGGUCGACCGACACCCGAAAAGCAAAGAAGAAAGCUAAGCCGAUUCAAAUUACUUUUCCAAAGACUAAGGAGAAAGUUAAUAAACGGAAAGGGCAAAGUCGACAGAAAAGGCCCGAAUCGGAGGCAGCUGGCAAAUUACCAAUCGCUCGUGAGACAGACGUCAAUCUUAAAAGUCCCAAUAACAAUAUUAAAGGACCGAUAACGCGUCGAAGGCGCAAAUUGUACUCACCAAAAGAUACCAUUACAUUCGAAGGCCCCGUUGAUUCCGAGACCGUUGAACAGCAAACUCGCACUCCGACGACUUCGAAGACUCCUUAUCGAGAGAUUCAAGAAAUGCGCGCCACGCAUAGAGAAUCGACCAAAAGAAAAUCUAUCUCAGAGAAGGUGGUCCUGUCACCGCGAUCGAAACGGUUAAACGAUGACUUCGAUAAGUUACUGCAGACCAAUUGUAACGAUGUAAACGUAAAGAAAUCGAACAACAAAAAAGAUAUAACGGUAUACAACUAUACCGAUAGUGACGAUAGCGAUUUCAAAGACGACGUUAACCUGACAAAACCAUCGCUACCUUUACGAAAAAGCAAUACUUCGGUUAACUCAAUGGAAAAAAAAUCUAGAAAACGAAAACAAAAAAGUAUAAAUGCAAGACAAGGUACGCUCGUCGAUGAAAGGAUGCGAAACGCUACGGUAGACCUAAACAUGUCUUUCAUUAUCGAAGAACCCAUCGAAACCUGUGGAAACAUAGAGCCGGUCGUUGUUGUCGAGCCGAUCAUCGAAGAUGAAAAUAAUUCAACCAAAAAAUCAAGAAUUGUUAAGCCCCGUGAAACUAAAAAAAACACUAAGUCAAAGAACGGCACUAAAAAAGGAAACAGCCGCAAAAGCGCUAAACGACCUACGAAAGUGAUGAAUACGUCACGCGAUAGGGAAGAGAGUAUAAGCCCUGGGCUCAAAUGCGAAUUGCAGGAAGCCGAAAUGAAGGCUAACGACUCUCUUACCGAUCUGAGCAAAAUUAAUAUUAUCGAGAAAGCUGACAAACAGGACUCAUUCGAGCAUAGUGAUUGUGUCUACGAAACCAUUGAGGUCAAAGCCACAAUUGAACACGUCCCACUGGUAAACGCCCCCAUUGAGCGCAUCAGAAAAUCCCGGGGCCGAACCUCCCGGGGCCGACCGCAAGACUUUGACUCGAUUCAAACUAUUGAAUACAACAAUGUGCUGCCCGAAGCCCCUGACAAUGAGAUAUGUCGAAAUAAAAUAAUAGAAGAUGAACGCGUGCAGCGAUUUUUACGCGUUAGUGUAGAGAGGAUGUCGGAAGAAGAUAUUGACGAGUGGUUGUCACCACGUCUUAAAUCUUCACCGAGCGGUGCGACGGGUAAAUCCUCACCGAAGCACGAAACAAACCACAAUACACGGCCGCCGGUCGGCCAUAAGUCACAAUCAUUUCCUGCUGAAUGUGAAACUAUAGCGAAAAAUAACAAUGGAAUCACAUGCAAUUCAUUGAUCCUCCCAUUCAAGAACAACAAAAAGUUAAAGAAUCAGGAAUAUAAAAGACACACACCCAAACCCAAACCGAAGGAACCGGAGGUGGAUAAUACAGAGACGGAUGUGUGUCGAAACAGUUCAUCUAUACGGGCAGUUUCACUGAAGAUGCGAAAGACUCUGAAAGCAUUCAAUGAUCGCGUGGUUAAAACGCCGGAUUCGAAGGAAAAUCUCAUUAAAGACAAAGAAAAGAAAUCUAUUAAGCGCCGCGCUGAAAAGUCGCAAUCGUCAUCGGAUUCAGACAAACGAAGAACUACCCGAACAGCUCUCGAGAGGCCCAUCAGUGGCGACGACUCUUCUUCGAGAGAAGAAGAGAGCGAGUGUUCAAUGAAAGAGUGUUCCAACGCUGAGGCGAUACAUAAUUGGUUGGAGCGGAGCCGACACGAGCUCGACACGGAAGAGUUCGACGGCGUGAGGGUAAACGUCUUUGGUGAUAUUUUCAAAGAGGUUCAGAAGAAAAUCGAUUACGAUUUAGCAAUGAUCAAGAAUAAUGCCAGGAAUUCGUUGGAGCACAUUCAAAGAGGUGUAGUGAAGCAGAUAGAAGAGGCGCGUUUGCGUCGCCGGGCCUUGUAUACGAAGUCCGCGCGCGAGAUAUUCUCAGACAUAGGCAAGACCCUCGACGCCAAGUUCACCGAGCUGGAGGCCGAAUGUGCGGGAGUCGACGAUCGGGUUCUGGAAAACGUUUCGCGAGACUCGGCACAAAUGCUGUCCGAAUUCGCUACAAUUCACCUCGACUUGGCGUCGUACUUAGACGCACGAACGAACAACUAACUAAAGUAGUACUUUAAGCGCAUUUUAUUCAUAGUUUUCUUCAUUCUGUGCUUGUCAAACUCACUUCAGUCACAGAUAAACGUUAAUUUAUUAAGUUUAUCGUUACAUAUGCCAUGGUUUUUCAAAGUGCGAGUUUUCUAUUGAGAGCGAUAGAUCCUACGCAUUUAGAUUGGUUGAGUGGCUUCUUUUAGUUAUGUUUAAAGCGUAAUGCGGUGAGCAAUUUUUUUUUUAAUAAUAAGAGAACUUUGAUUUAUAAUAUUAUUCCAAAUAUUGAAAUCAUAUCAUCGAAACACAAUUACAUGUAAAUAAACGUUUGGAAAUUGA